UGGUCGCUUGGCAGUGUGGUGGUGGGGUGCGUGAGGGAAGGAUCGUCGCACAGGGCGCAGCUCUACACAAUGAGUGUCAUGAGGACCUGAGAACUACACUCCCAGCCAUGAACAACCGCGGUAAUCCUAACCAUCCCAUAUUUCCCAGCCUCACUGCGCCCUGGUCGGGCUUCACCCCAGGCACCCACUCCGUCCUCAGCCCUCCGCCGCGGUUUCCCUACAGUGUGGACGGGUCGCGCGGGCACCAGAGCUACGUCCCCGGUGGAGUGGUGCGCGGGCCUACGACCAUAGGGAGAUAUGCGCGCUCACCGUCCCCUUCGCUGUACAGUCACAGCAGCUUCGACUACUCGACCUCCGAGCGAGAUCGACGACUCUCGCCUCCCGUACCCCGUCAUCGCCCUCAGGAUGACGUCAUCAACUCCGAUCCGGUGGUGUUCAAUGCCGGGUUUACCUUCAGAAUGGGGAAGGAAACCCAUGUGCACAACCACGUGGAGGCGCGGGCCGCGUACACCGUCCCUGAGGCUCAGUCAUCCAACCUCACCCGCCAGAUAGAUAAGUUUCUCAAAAAAACGGAUCACAUGUUAGAUCGGUACAGUGCUGUCGUGGAGUCCCGCUCCGCAAACAGCUUGGCAAAAAGGCGAGGCAAGUCUGCAACGCCUGGAAGAGGGCUAGAUGACUCUCCGGACCCAUCUAUGAGCCUUUCCUACCGUGCCCAGCGGUCCACCUCCGCCGCCGCCAUCGCCGUCAAGGCUGAGAAACACUUCGAAGCCUUAACUCGCAUCGGCAGCAGCACCAGCAAGAAGGCGGCGCCCAUCGCCGAACAUGAAGAAGACGAUGAUUUGGAGUCGUCAAGCAGCGACUCAUUCGACGAGCUGGACACCGAUGACGACAUACCGCCCACGACGGACGUCUUCAGCAUCUCCGACGACACGUCGGCUGACCUGAGCAAGCUGUCCGCUAUCGAGGCCGACGGAGAGAGAGCCCGCAGCACUUCGCUCGACCCGUCAAGGCUGGAUGACUUGAGUUCGGACAGUGACGACGAAUACUUCGAUGUUGUGGCAGUGCCGGGCCUGCGGCCUCAUCUGCUGGCCGCCCAAAGCCCCCCUGCCCAGUCACCCACCCCACAUCAUCAGUUGCAGCAACCAGUGCAACAUCCUCACAUACCACCCACACACAGCCGAAGUUUACCAGCAGUAAACAAAGGCAAUGUAGUCCAUAGAAUGGGAACUACCCCAGUCCAGCCAGUAGAUACAGUGGUGGUAAACAAGCCGUCCGAAACUAUUGCAGCUGCGAGUAACCCAUUGUCUGCACUGCCUAAGGCCUUGACGCCGACAAGUCCUGUCGAUGCAAAUUUAAUAAAUAGUUCGGUACAGCAAGCUGUAUUGACAGCUCAGACUGCAGGAAGCUCUGAGAAGGGUUCUGCAGUAUAUAGGCCUAGUAAAGUAGACGACAGUACUAUGAAAGGAGAUUCACCAAAUUCUCCCAAGAAUUACCAGGCACCUCAACUUCCGUCUAUUACAGAGCAAUUAGAAAAUACAAAACAGGCAAGCUUAUCUGAUAAACAAGGUAGUUCUCACUUUAACAAGAUGCACUCUGUAACGGCAGAUAUGCAGAGACAAAUUGUAUCUAAUAAACAGGGGAAAACACUCAUAGGAAAGCAAGACGCUUCCUUACUAGACAGAAAACCGCCAGACAAAUUAGAAUCAAGUAAAGACUUAGCAGUCAACCUUACAUCAAAUGAAAGUACGCAGCAAGAGAAAAAGGAAAGUGGCUCAGAAACUCGCCAGACAACAGCCUCAUCACCGCAUCGCCCACAGAAUAGGCAUAUUUUGAGUACAACAAAUAAAACUGCAUCAAAGCCAAUGCAACAGCCUAUCGCUGAUAAGACGUUAUUUUUAUCAGCUGUGGCUAACAAAAUACGAGCAGGAAGUCCUGUCCCAGAAAAGACUGCAGUUAUAGGGAUGAAACUAUCCCCAGCUGUGCUGACUGGGAAAUUGGAAAUUGCAUCUAGUGAUGGCUCAACAAUUGUAAGAAAAAAUUCCACCCUCAAUAAUAAGGCAGCAAUCGAUGCCAAAGUAAAUAGUUCCAGCGAAAUUUUAGAACCAGAGGACAGCAUAACGUUAAAUAAUAAAUUAGCCGUUGAAAGUAAUCUGGUAAGAAAAUCUGUCAUCGUAGGCGAUGAAAUCAAUGGAUCCACGUUAAAGGAAAAUGAGAAUAAACUAACCAAUAAGUUAAUAACAACUAGCAAAACUAAUAAGGCUAAUGCGAAAAGUGACAACACUGACGCUGAACUCCACCGAGAGUGUGUUUCUGUAAGUAAGGAGAAAGAGAACGCUGUCAACCCAAUUCAGAUUGGAAAUACUAGUAAUAAAGAAAACCCAAGAGAGACUGAAGCAUAUAUUGAGAGAAGCAGUAGGUGCAGCUCCGUGGCCAGUAACGCCUCACGGGCGGUCUCCCCUGACGGCUCCCUCAGAUCUGGAGCCAAGCGCAGUAGAAGUGGAAAGUUGGCCUCCGUACUCAAUAUGUGGGAAUCUGAUGAAAUUUCUCAAAAAAGUGAAAAGGGGAAAUCCAAACCUACUUCAACCGCUAAAAUUGGUAAGAUCACGGGACUUGCAAGUGUGUUUGAAGGCGAGAAAAGUGCGGGAACAUCCAGUACUUCAAAAAAUAUAAUAACCAAAUUGAAAUCUCCAUACAGUCCGCCUUUUUCACCAGAAAGAAAGCCGGCAGAAGAAAAAAUUACGAAUAUUGCUGGUAUAAGUACAGCUAAAUUUGGCAAUGUUUCAAAGUUUAAAAAGCCAGGUGAGCCUAAGAUGAAAUCAGAUGCAAAGAAUGAAGCAUCCAACGCUGACAAGAAAAAGGUAAUUAAUAUGAACACGGUAAAAGAUUCGGACAUUGGUCAAGAAAAUGGUAUUAUGAAAAAGAAAGGUGACGAAAAAGCAGAUUUAAAUAAUGCGACAGUUAUUAAUUCUGCGGGUAAAGGAUGUGAAGAUAAAAUUACCAAUGGAGAUGUAUCGUUGACUGACAGUAGUAUAUCACUUGAAGAUGAAGGAAAAGAUAAGAUAAUUAAGAAAAAGAAAGUUAAAAUUAGCACAUCAUCAAGCGACCUGGCGAGUAAGUCAGUGACAGAUACAAAUACCGACGCUAAGUUACUGGAAAGCAGUGCAACUCAAGCCAACUCCGUCAUUGUUAAGAACACUGAACUGAAGGCUGUCAAAAUUGAAGCUGCUGAAUCAAACAUCAAAUUUAAAGCUACUGAAUCUAAGAACAUCUACACAGAUGGUAGUGAAUCUAAGGACACCAGAGCCAAAAUUAGUGAAUCUAUGGACACCAAAGCCAAAAUUAGUAAAUCUAAGGACACCAAAGCUGAAGUUAGUGAAUUUAAGGACACCAAAGCUGAAGUUAGGGAAUCUAAGGACAUCAAAGCUAAAAUUAAUGAAUCUAAGGACAUCAAAGCUAAAAUUAAUGAAUCUAAGGACACCAAAUCUAAAGCUAAUGAAUCUAAGGACACCACAGCUAAAACUAGUGAAUCUAAGGACACCAAAUCUAAAACUAAUGAAUCUAAGGACAUCAAAGCUAAAACUAAUGAAUCCAAGGACACCAAAUCUAAAACUAAUGAAUCCAAGGACAUCAAAGCUAAAACCAGUGAAUCUAUGGACACCAAAGCUGAAGUUAGUGAAUCUAAGGACACCAAAUCUAAAACUAAUGAAUCCAAGGACAUCAAAGCUAAAACUAGUGAAUCUAUGGACACCAAAGCUGAAGUUAGUGAAUCUAAGGACACCAAAGCUGAUAUCAGCAAAUCUAAGGACAUCAAAGCUAAAACUAGUGAAUUUAAGGACAUCAGAGCUGAAAAUAUGGAAUCUAGUGUCAAGAAAGUGGAUAAUAAGUCUCAACAAAUUAAAGUCAAAAUGGAUGCAGCAACUAAUUUAGACACAAAGGUUACAGCAUCUGAUCCCCAAAUAACAUCUGCUGAAGUUGCUGAUGCUCGGGAGACCAGUGUCAGUUUAGCGACAACUAAUAUGGUCACUGGUAUUAAAAGUGCCGAGAUUUCAAAUACUCCAUCUGCAAAUGGUAUUGAAGCUACUCAGAUUAAUGUAAGUAGAAAUUUUGCCAGUGGUACUCAGGUAAUUAAAGCAGAAUCAACCAGGUAUCAACCAGAAUCUACAAGUUCUACAGCAGACACAAAAAUGUAUACUGAUAAUGUAUGUAACACUGAGACUAAGGUGGAUGCCAAAACCACAAAUGCUGAAUGCAUAGAUUUAAAGACGAUUACCGUUUUAUCAAACGAUGAUCAUUUAAAAUGCAAUGUCUCCCUUUCCAAUUCCUCGGUUUUAAAUGCUCAUAUUGCUACUGAUACAGGUGCCACAGGAAAGGAAAGUGAAGCUCUUAAAACUCCAGAAUCUGUUCCUAAAAUGGAAGGACCAAAGAAAGAUGUAUUUGGAAGUAUAAAAUCUUUCAUAGAAUCAGUUGCAAAGGGUGGUAAAACUCUCGAGGACAAGCUUUCUAUUAAUGGUCUGCAGUUUAGCAAGAAAUCCCUAAACAUGGAAAGUAUAAAGGAUAUGAAUCUCAAUCAUGAGAGUUUAAACCAUAAAACUGGCAUAUCUUCAGAAAACAGUGAGCAAUUUGAAAGACAAUCAUCCCCUGCCAUGUCACUAUCAAAAACAAUAGAACUAAAUGCAGCUACUCAAGACAAUUCUCAGAAAACCAUUGAUGGAAAACAAAGUUUGAAAGAAGCUAUCCAUAAAACAGCUAAAGCACUACCUCAACUUGAAUCAGAAGUAGAUGCUCUGAUCAGAGAAGCAUCAGUGCUCAUUGCACAAAAUGAAGUGAUUACCAAAUCAAUCACGUCAGGAAUUUCAGAGACAUCAAUAACACAGGACGAAAAACGGUCCAAGAUUAAAAAGUCGUGCUCGACGAGUGUGGGCGAAGAGGGAGAAGAAGAAGUUUAUGUUGAUGCAAUAGAUCCAUCUCAACUGGAUACUCUGAUGCCUCUUCCGGAUGUGGAAAUUGAAAGAGAUUGGCGUUCACGCUCACGCACCCCGCUGGAAGGUCCUGAACGGUCUCCUUCAACUCGUUCAGUUGUGGCAAAAACUGAGGCUCUUCUCUCUGAAACUGACAGAAUUCUUCGCAGGUCCCGCUCUGACAAGUCUCUCAGAAGAUCUUACAGCCGCUCAAUAUCAGCAGCAGCACUUAAUAAAUCAGCCCAAUUGGUCUUAGAGGCUAAAUGUGAACUUCAGGCAUAUGGAGUUAUAUGCAGUCUGGCAGAAGUGACGGCUGAUCUGUCAGAAGAACACGGCACAGCACAUCUAGCAGGGGAGAGGCUGGAAGCUGAACAAGCAGAGAGGAUGAAGCUAGAGAAAGAGGUUGAGAGAUUACAGACAGAUAUGAGGCUCAUGACAACAGCCAAUGGGAAGCUGGAGAUGGAGAAACAAGCUCUUCGAUCUGAAGUUCUCUCAGUGGCUGACUUUAAUGGUGACGCUGACCAUGAUUAUGAUGAGGCUGCUGAAGCUUCUCUGUACAAGCGCAAGUAUGAGUGGUGUCUUAGAGAAAUAGAGCUCCUGAAGAAGCAGCUUAAGCAGCAACAAGAGGAUGAUCUAGACCACUUACUCCUUAUGAAAAAGCAGCUAGAGAAAAAGGUAUCAGAUGCAUACGAGGAGACAGAGGAGCAACGACAAGUUGUAGCUCAGAUGAAGCGUAAAUCCCAGCGAUUACAAGCAGAGUUGAAUGACCUUAAGAUGCUGCUUGAAGAACAAGCCUCUCGAAACAACCUCCUUGAAAAGAAACAAAGAAAGUUUGACCAAGAUAUGAUGGGAGCGCAAGAAGAACUGCGACAUGAGCGUGCCAACAAAGAGAAAAUUCAGAGGGAGCGUGAUCAGAUCCUUUCUGAGAAAUACUCCUUUGAGCAAGAAGUAUCUACCUUGAAGCUGGAAUUGGAGUUAAAGGAUGAGAAAAUAUCAUCUCUCAGCCGUGAGCUGGAAGACCUUAGCUUCACUGGGAAAGUUGAAGAAGAAGUUGCUACCCUAAAGAAGGCAAAGCAUGACCUUGAGCUACGGGUCAAAGACCAGGAGGAAGAGUUGGAUGACUUGGCAGGACAAGUUCAGAUGCUGGAAGGGGCAAAAGUUCGUUUAGAAAUGAGUAUUGAGCAGAUGCGGAAAGAGAAUCGUCGUGAGAUUUCACAGCGUGAGGAGGAGCUUGAGGAAGUUAGAAUUUCUGCUCAGAAAAAGAUUAAAGCCUUGGAAGCACAGCUUGAAAAUGAGCAUGAGGAAAGAACUCUACUUGUCCGUGAGAAACACGAACAAGAGAGGCGAAUAAAUGAAUUACAAGAUAGAACAAUCACUCAUGUUGACGAAGACUACAUACACAAGCUGAAGAAGGAGCUAAAGAAAACUAAAGCGCUCUUACGUGACACACAAACUAUGUUGGAGAAGUCUCAGUCUGAAGGUGGCCAUAAACUAUUAGUCAGACAGCUAAAGACGCAGUUGGAAGAUGCAGAAUUUGCAAAGACAGCAGCUAUUAAGGCCAGACAGUGUGCAGAGGCAGAUAUUCAAGAGUUGGCCACUCAGCUGGAAGAAGCUCAACGUGCCAAAAAGGAAGCAGAAGACAGAUGUGCUAGAGUUGCCAAGGAUAGAGCUGAAAUACAAACACAGCUAGAAGAAAGUGAAGAGGAAGUGGCUGAGGUGAUGAAGAAGUACAAGUCGUGUGUUUCACAGCUUUCUGUUGACCAAAUUACUUUAUCUGAGCAGUCACAACAAAUUGCCGAGCUGGAGCAUGAAAAACAGGUUCUACAAGAGCGGAUGUUGGAGCUGAGUAGCAAGGUGGAGGUCCUUGAAGGCGAGACUGCUAAUAUCCACACUCAACGUCGCCUUGAGAUGAAGAUUAAAGAAAUAGAAUCGAAGUUAGAGUUGGAACAGACUACUAGGCAAAGAUUAGAGAGUCAAAUUGGUAGGUUGAAAGACCAAAUUGAGCGAAUGUCAGGUGACUGUGAUGCAGCACGACAAAAAGAGGCACAAGCUCUGGAACAGAGCAAGAAGAUUGGGCGUCAGUUGCGUGAAGCGAAGGAAGACUUAUCAGCCUUACAACAACGGCACACUGAUGCAGUAAACAAGAAAGGCGAGCUUGAAAAGCAGCUUGAGCUUGCAGAUUCUGAGGUUAUCACUCUCAAAAGUGACCUUAAACUGGCUUUCAAGAGAAUUGAGGAUCUCCAGCAGGCUAUCCAGGGUGACAUUAAUGACUCGGACUCCGACAUAUCCGACAGUGACAGCGACAGCGACGGCAGCUUGAGUUCUUAUCUGACUGCGUCCUUGAGGCAUCAGAGGUCCUCCUCAAAUUCCACGCUUCGCACUCCUCCUUCUGAAGUGCAGCAGCUUGACAGAAUGGAGCAACCUAAUUCUCCUUGCAGCGAAGCAAUGUCGGCCAUCAGUGAAGACCUUGACGAUGUUUCACACAAAGAAUCCUAUGCGUGAUAGUUCGUACUUAUUAUACCUAUGGAUUUAUUAUUUUAUUAUAUUAUACAGAAUUUUAUAAUGCGUGGAAAGUAAAUAGUAUCUUAGUACUGCUGUAAUUCUUGCUUGAUUGUGAGAUCCCUGAUUGUGACUGAUCCAGUGAUUAGUGAUCAAAAUUACUGGAAAAGUGACCGAGCUUUAAAUAGGUUUUGUAAAUAUGUACAGGAACUUAAUAUGUUCAUUAAAGAAAUCUUUUCUUUUGACCUGUCUCUGAAUGGUGCUCAACUUACGAAGCAAAACAAAAAGAAUUCUAAAGAGAUUGAUUAUAGUUUUCCUUUGCAUCUCCUCUGUAAUCACUUUCUAACAGUGACAUUCCUAAUGUGUUCUUCUAGAGUGCGACUUUGGAGCCACCUUAAUUUUUUUAUAUGGAUGAUCCAUUGGCAGGAAAUGUAUAUCCAGUGUGUUACUAUAAAGUGAUAUAUAUACUAAGUCUGUGGCAUGUUCUGUUUACCUGAGGCUUAUGAAAUCCAUAUCAUAAUUUAAUUCUAGUAUGAACAUAGGGUAAUACUUUCUGGCUUCAGAUUAUCCAUCAGUGCUAAUUCCUUGUAUUCAUAAUACAAUUACAGUUCCCAUUCUUUGAUUUAGCUUCUGUCUCUGUUUUUCAAACACCGUUUCCUUGGAUAUGUAAUUACAUAUGAAAAGAAUUGACAUGAGCUUAGAUUAUAUGAUUUUCCAAAGUUAUGACAUAUGAUGGGAAAGCAUAAUAUAAUUUGUAGUACAGUGUAGUUAUAUUCCUGGUCAUUAAUAGCUCAUGGCAUUAUCCAAGGAAAAUGGUGAAACAUGUCAGGUUUACAAAAAGAAAUGUCUUUUGAAGUAUCUGCUGCACAUUCCCAUCUAUUUGAGUACUUUUUCUUACACUACUGUGAGACCUUCCAUUUAGAAGUCAUAUCUUGUAUUGAAACUACAGUCCUCAGUGGCAAAGUAUCCGUACUGUUCCUGCCCUCAUUUUAUUGAACAGCAUAUGCAAAAUAAUACCUUGGCUUGCCUUAUAAUUUACUAAUAAGAUGUAUAGUGCAGUAUUCAUAUGAUCUGAUUCUGUCUUGUAACAAGACUUGGAUCAUCUUACCACUGAGGAUGUCCCCCACGACCUGCUUCCCAUCUCUUCCAUGUUAGAAGAGUGGAGACAGCCCAGCACUGUACCUUCCUACUUAUUACAAUGGACUUACCAGAGGUGAUGAUCUUCAAAUUCUCAAGUACAUAUAUGGAAAUGGUGAUGUUCUGGAAAGUACUUAAUUAGCUAGACACUUUACAAGCAUAAUAUUCUCUUCACUUAAAAUGUGCCUCUUUAAUUAUAUUAUCGAGUUAAAUUUUGCAGUAGAAAAUAUUAGGUUACCUUAUUGUGCAUUGCUAAACCAUAACAAAGAGUUGCAUUAUCUUUUAUUGAAGAUAAUAAAUUUAUCUAGUUAAUAUAUUUUAUGUAAAGUAGAGUGCAACAAUGUUCUAAUGACUGUUCUUACAGUCUGUCACUCAUUUUGCUUUGGCUUAUGCAUGAUGAGUUUAUAUCACCCAUAAGAAAUGUUAAGACACCAUUAAUGUAUUCUACUAGCAUUUUAUGAUUAUAUUAAUAUGUGAUGCUAAUACCAGUGUGUAACCCUUUGGAUGUGCUAAUUACCACCAUCUCUGGUUUGCUUUUAGGAACUGUAUUAUUGUAACAAGAAUGUCAAAUCUUAUUCCUUCUACUAUUUAUUAUUUAUAUAGUUCUGCCAUUUAGAUUUUUAGGCCCCACUUCCUCAACUAGCAAAGCUCAUCUGUGACUUCUAAUAGUGAAUCAUAAUUAUGUGGAUCGUGACGUGAUGGUUUGUAAUGAUUUGUACGGAAUUUACAUUAUAGAUAUGUACAGUUUACGAUAAGACUAACGCGAGUAUCACUUA